AUGAGCCAGAAAAGGAAGAGUGCAAAUAUCAAGACUAACAACAGGAUUUCGGACUAUGGCUUAGUAGAGGGACCUGAAAGCCAUCGCUCGAAGGAAAAUGACGAUUCUGAAGUAGGCAUACCAGUCUUACCUCUUCUUAGGAAAUUUUGGAUCUCAAGGGCAGAAUCAAAUAAGAUAUGGGGAUCCUUAAAACAACAAAAGCUUUGGGGAGUGACCCUAUUCCCAACUUUCAACGUUUUGGUGAUAACAUUGGCAAUUAUUGAUUUGAUAUUUUUCAUCCUGUUCAUCCUGCUACUGAUAUCAUCUCUUUCUGUGUCGAACCAUGAAGUCAGGUAUGAUGAUACAUGACAAGGAUAUCAUAAUUGCGAAGUUAAUUUCACUCUCAGCGAGGAUUUUGAGAGCCCGAAUAUUUAUUAUAAUGUGUCGAUAUCUGGCUUAAUUGAUAAUUAUAGAUUCGAAAAUUUCUACGGCAACCAUAAGAAGUACAUCGAAUCAAGGAAUUAUAAGCAGCUGAGAGGGGAUACCACAGCGACCUCUGAUUGCUCACCUGUGACUAAGAACAAGGAUCUUGGCCGAACUGUCACCUCUUUAGAUGAAGGGGAUGUAGUAUUGAAUGAUGACGAACCAGCCAUUCCUUGAGGUCUCCCUGCCAAGUACUAUUUCAGAGAUGAACUCAGACUCACAGAUGGAAAUGAAGGGAUUUACAUUUACGAUAAUGACAUCGCUCUUGGUGUCGAUAGAGAUUCCAGAUUUGGCAACACAGGAGCAAAUAAUGAAAAGAAGCAAUGGAUUGAUAUGACAGACCAGAGAUUAAUGGUCUGGUUCCAGCCAGAAGCUUUCCCAAACUUCAUUAAGCUCUACGGAAGGACUGACGUAAAACUGUCUAAAGGUACACAGUAUACUUUGAAAAUCAGUGAAUUUGAUGAUCUAAGUGAUUUUGAUGUCAAAAAGUACUUCGUGAUUAGUAACACAAGUUUCUUAGGAGAGGACAUCUCACUUGCAAUAAUCUUCAUGCUUGCCUUCAUCUAUCUUACUGGGUUAAUAAUAUUUAUCAUUGUGAUGGAGAUCCGGAAGGCCAAAAAUAUUCAAAAGAAAAGUAGAGAACAAGAGUAUAGAGUCCCUGCGAAUGAGGAGUUCAAACAAGCAGGAGUCAAUCCUCAGAAAAUAGUUAAAAGAAGUUAAAGUGAAUAAAAAUAUUGUUUCAAUGG